AGGGUCUUAGCGGCCCAAGCGCCGCCUGGCCCGAGCUGGCCGGCCUGUGCUGGCCGGGCGGAGCGCGCCGCGGCGCGCCCGUGCGCGUGGCUGGCGCCGGGAGGCGAUGAUCUACAUCUUCAGGAGCUGCGAAGCGUGCACGAACGGGUGCGGCAAGGCUGUCGGUGCCGUGUGCAACCCCCUGUGCAGGGUGCUCGACAGGCCGCUCGGGAGCUACGCCUUCCUGACGGGGGCGGUGAACGCGCUGUCGUGUCUGCUGGCGAUUCUGUCGCUCGGUGAUGACAUGAGGUGCUCCAGCGGCGAGUCCGCGGCUAACCUGUUCGCCAUGAUGAACGUGGCGGCCAGCAUAGUCCACGCCGGUUUCGCGCUUUACUUGCAGCAGAGGCUGGUGAGAGGGCUCCAGCGGAACGCCGCGCUCGGCAACCACGGCAGCACCGCCAGGCAGCUCAUGAAGGAGGCGGGCGACAUCGUGCUCUACGACGUCGGCUUCUGCCUGUACGUCUUCUUCUUCGUCGCCGCCUUCUUCGUUCAGUUCUGGGGCUUCUCGGUGCUGGGCGGGUGCAGGGAUGCGGGCACGGCCUGGGGCUCCGCGACCCUGCAGGUGCUGUUCUGCCUGGGCGCGGUGGCCUUCGGCUUCUGCUGGUCGUGCGCCAUGCAGUGCAGCGACUGCUGUGGCCUCUUUUCGCCGGGCGCCGCGCGGCAGCCGCUGUCGGGGGGGCUGCCGGGCCAGCCCCAGCCGCAGCGCGGGCCCGUGGGGCUGACGCGGCUCAUCGUCGGCAGCUCGAACAUGACGGGGCCGCCGUCCCUCCACGCGGGGGCGGUCGUGAUGGGCACGCCUGUCCAGCGGCCACCUCCUAGCCACACCCGGGCCGGCCGCACGGCGCCUCAGUCGCCCCCUCCGCGCCGCCGCCGGAGCCAGAGGCGUCGCAGCAGCCCAAGCCAGCGCCGGCCGCGGGGGCCGGGGCGGUGGCCGCGGCCAGCGCGCUGGGCCUCGCGGGCAGAGGCCUGCAGGCGGCCGGCAGGUUCAUCGGGCGGGGCCGGUGAGGCUCUGGUGCCAGCCAUCCUUGCUCACAUCCUCUGUCUUUCUCCUCCUCCUCCUCCCCCUGGCCUCGUGCACCAUCCGCUUCGCUUUCUCGAUGAUCUUCAGGACGUGUGUCAGGUCGGUGUGUCCGCGCGGGCGCGCCAGA